CGUGAAGAAACGGGGCCUAAAUGCGUUUCCCGAUUGUGGGGUUUCUUGUUCUUGCCCCACCAACUGAAUUAUGAAAUGACUUCUAUAAUAUUUGAACUGUGAGUACAAAAAAUUGCAUUUUUCUAAAGAAAACAAAACUCUCUUUUGAACCCCAAGUUUUGAAAAUUUUCUGGAAAUUUAUGAGUUCUGAAAUGUGAAUUUUGCGUCAGUUUUGAAGUUCUGCAGUACUGAAUAUACUGCUGAAACGGUGGAUAUAGCUACCUCGUACAUGUUGUAGCUGAUGGAAGGUAACAAGUAAUUAGUCAGGGUGUGCGAAAGCUGGUCCGACACCACGUUUAUCAAAAAAUAAACUGCUGAAACUGUGUUAAGUUUGUUUCUCAUCUUAAGCAGAGAAGGGGUUCUGUAUUUUUCUCCUCUAGAAAUUAUCAUGUGGAUGGAUGCCGCUGAAGUAAGUGAGACACCGCUGUAUUAUCAUGCUAUUAAGGUGCAUCAUCAAAUGUGCAUGGAGUUAUUUCAGUUUGUAACUAGAGUUUCAGUAUUACUUCCUGAAAUUGAAGCAGCUCGUCCGGGAUGUUCUUCUGGAAGAGAGGCACUUUGCCGGUUGAACAUUGAAAUUGACAAAGCCAACAAACUGCGUCAGCACUGCAGUGAAUCUAGUAAGCUGUACUUGGCAUUAACUGGAGAUUCUAUACUUUCACGAUGUGAGAAAUCAAGAAACUUGCUUGAGCAAAGCUUAUUCCAGGUGCAAAAUAUGGUUCCAGUAUUGUUAGCUGCAGAGAUUUCACAACUGAUUGCCGAACUGAGGGGUGCAAUAUUCAGCUUGGACCCAUCUGAAGAGGAGGCAGGGAAGGUUAUAAAGGAAUUACUUCAUUGUUAUGCAAGUAGUACAGAUUCAGCUGAAGAACAUGCCUUUGAGGCAAUUCAAGUUGCUAUGUGCAAGCUUCAUAUCACAACUCUAAAAUCUCUUUUAAUGGAGAAAAGAUCCAUAAAAAAGCUGCUAGGUAGAGUUGGUGAGGGUGAGACAAAAAGGAGGAUUUUAUUGUUAUUUCUGAAGCUCCUUAAUAAGCUUGAAAAAUCAAUUGUGACAGAGCAAACAGAGAAUGAUUCUCUUCAGCAGGAAGACUCUCGUUUGAGAUAUCGACUUGAUGAUGCUGAAGUGGACGUUCUGAGGAGCUCUCUACCACCAGAUGAGUUUAAAUGUCCUUUGUCUUUGAGAUUGAUGUAUGAUCCUGUUGUAAUUGCAUCUGGACAAACUUAUGAAAGAUUUUGGAUUCAGAAAUGGUUUGCUGAAGGUAAUGAUACAUGUCCAACAACUAGAAGGAAAUUGGCGAACUUAUCUUUGAUCCCGAAUCACACAAUGAAGGACCUAAUAUCAAGGUGGGGUGUAACACAUGGAGUCACCGUUACCAACCCCUACAUGGAGGCUGCAGGAGCUCACCUAUUGGAAUCUCGUUCUAAUUCGAUCGCUAGCUUGAGCAGCUCAAUCAAUAAUCUACCUCUUCCUAUAGACUUCAGCAAUUCAUCUCUUGGAUCUUCAGAUGCUGGUCCUGUGUCCUAUGCUAAGACACUAAACAACUUUGAUGCAAUCUUAGAGGAAACCAGUGACAGUAUUCACAAAGUUCAAUCUGGUAUAGGCAUUCAAGAUAUGGACCUGAAUCCGUUGACCAGGCUCAGUUCACUUUCUUGGGGGUCACAGUGCAUCUUGGUCGGAAAAAUUAGUAACCUUUUCAAACAUAACGAUCAAUCUUGCAGUUGGAUGUCAUCCGAGGAUUUUGUUCCAGCAAUGAUUAGAUUUCUGAAAGAUGCACAUGAUUUAAAUGAUCUAAAUGCCCAAAUACUGGGAUGUCUAUCAUUGUCAAUGGUUUUGCAGAAAUGCAGGAACAGUUUGCCAUAUUUGAAUGACGAUACUUUUGCACUUUUGGUAUCAUUUAUUGGAACGGAGGUUUCCAAAGAAGCCCUUUCUGUAUUGAAGGUGUUGUCCAGCCACCAAUAUUGUCAACAAAAAAUCGCUGCCUCAGGUGCUCUGACUCCCAUUCUAGAUAUGCUUGAUGACGAGAACAGAGAAUUGCAGCAACGAGCCAUCAAAAUAUUACGUAACUUGUCCGUGAACAGCAGAAUUGUUUCCUUGAUUACACCUAAAGAAAUCAUUCCCAAGUUGAUCCCUUUUCUAGAAGAUACAGCUCUAGCAAGAGAUACUCUUAUUAUUUUGAAAAAUCUGUGCAUCACUGAAGAUGCUGCAUCUUCCAUGGCUGAGACCGAUGGAUGCAUUCCUUCAAUAGUGAAACUACUCAACAGUGAAAGUCUGGAGGAUCAGGAGCAUGCAGUGGCUCUUCUUCUCUCUUUGUGCUCUCAAUGCGUUCAGUACUGUCAGUUAGUCAUCGAUACGAAUGAACGGGUGUUUUCUGAUCUCGACACUAUAUGUUCCAAUGGAAAUAGCAAAGGGAAGGCAUUGGCUUUCAAGUUACUGAGCCUGUUUAGUAAUGAUGGAGAAUCUUCAGGUGCAGAUGUUGACAUCUUGAACGGCUCUACCAUUGACUAUAUGCAGCAGAAAUCUAGUUCAAAGGCACCAGGAUUACUCCGGAAGUUAUUCUCGAAACAAGGCUCUGCUGCUAAAAGUAAGAAUAGAUGCUCAAAGACUCUGUUGUGCUGAUUUCUUGUAAAUAAACAUAUACAGGAUUGCAUCAUGUGAAGUGUAAAAUAUCUCUACUUCCUCUAGUUUUUGUUAGUAUUGAGAAGUAUUUAGUAGCUGUAUAGCAUCUUCCAAUACAGUUUUGUUUAAGAGAUUUUCUUGAACACUAGACUGUCCAACAUUAUAUUAAAGUUGUGUUUUUUAUUUAA